GAAUAGAAGCGAAACAAACACCAACCGCAGUUUGCUUUCUGGUAGUCAAGGGCAGAGCGUUUUAAUCACAAUCGUGAUUUCUUCUAAAUCCAGGAAAAGCAAAAUACAUAGAAGUUACGUUUGAGAAAGCAUCCAGGAAGUAGUUAUUUUCCCAAUGGAUGAAUGUGCAGUUCUCAGUACUGGUGAAAGAUCGGAGCUGUCUAAAGAAGGAUGGGGCUCUAUAAACCUCAAGAAAUUGUCCAUCUCAUUCUUGGUUCUUUCUACGUUGUAGUCCUGGCACUGAUCCCUUCAUCAGACCAUUUUGAACUGAACUCUGCUCUAUUUGUCAUUGGGUAUGUGGGGCAAGAUGUCAUAUUGCCAUGCCAGAGCUCUUCUGGGGCUCUGCCACAAAAUGUGGAAGUUCAGUGGAAAAAAACUGUAGAUGACAACACGGAGAACAUCUACCAGUUCACAGCUUUCACUGGCCAGGAAACAUUUGGGCAAGGCUAUGAGUCCAGGACAGUGUUUGCCACAGAGGGACUGGACACUGGAAAUGUUUCCUUGAUGCUGAAAAUGGCCAAAAAGUCUGAUGAAGGAAGCUACAGCUGCAUUGUCAAGACCAAAGACUGGGGUGCUCAGACCCAAACUGUUCUGGUUGUUGAAUCUUCAAAAGGCAACAGUACCUCAGAGAAUUAUUGUUCCUGCACUGCCUUUUGGGUGAUAUUUGUCUUUUUUCUUCUCACCCUUCUUGCUCUUGCAGUCACUGUUUGGGCAGUCAUACACAAAGGUGCCAGAGAAAAGGAAACUCUCUCACGGAAUGAAGAGCAGAGUGCUAAAGAAGAAAAUGAGGAAAUAAAGGAAGAAGAAGAAGAAGGUAUGUCUUGUAAAAUCUGUCUGCUUGUAAACAACCAUUUGAUCAACUGA